GCGAAUCUACGAGAGAACGUUAAAACCGAUGUCACUAUUGAUUCAGUUAUUACGUUUCGUUAGUUAAAUUUGACGAGAAAAAGAAAGAAUUAUUUUUCUCGUCGGUUCAUUUGUAGAAAUGACAACUAUUACAAUAUCUGCGGUUCGAAUGCGAACAAGCAUUCUUGAUAAAUCGUUAAGCAAGGGGAAAGGAGAGGUUAGUCUAAGUUGUUUCGCGCUUUUGUUUUCGGAGCUCGUACAGUACUGUCAAAAUCGAGUUUACACCGUACCAGAAUUGCAAAACAAGUUGGCAGAAAUAGGCGCAGAAGUGGGCCACAGAAUAACAGAUCUUCUUGUUGUUCGAGAGAGGGGUGGUAAACGUGAAAUAAAAUUAUUGAACAUUUUAUUGUUCAUUAAAAGUACAGUAUGGAAAUCGUUAUUCGGCCGCGAGGCUGACAAGUUGGAACAUGCAAAUGACGACGAGCGUACUUACUAUAUCAUAGAAAAAGAAGCUUUAGUGAAUAAAUUUAUAUCUGUACCAAAAGAUAAAGGAAGUUUAAACUGUGCUUCUUUUAUCGCUGGAGUAGUAGAAGCUAUUCUUUGCGACUGUGGUUUUCCAGCAAAGGUGACUGCACAUUGGCAUAAAGGAACAACAUACAUGGUUAAAUUUGACGAUGCAGUUGUUGCCCGUGAUAAACAACUCGAAGACCGGUAGUCAAAGAUAAGAAGAAAAUAAAAAUAUUGUAAUGAAAUACACAAGUAUAAAAGUAUAGAAAUCUUACAAAUAAAAUUUGAAACUAUUCUGUUAGUAUUACUAAUUUGAACUCAUUCUUUAAAGCAAAUUAACGUAAUAAUAUAUUUCUUCCAAGUUAA